AUAUCUUUUUCUUACUUAAAUAUAUAUUCAAGCUGUACGAUACAUGCCUGCAAGACGAAAUUGUUAUGUAAGUUCCUUGGCCUAAUGGGGUUAUAAUAAUAAUCCAUAAACCCUUAUACAUUCAACAUUUCAUACAAGAAACUUUAACCCAAAACACGUAAAACCUCUUUUCACAUUCCUAACAAAAAAAUGGAUGGAAGAUCAUAUGAUCUUCUUAGCAAAAUGAGCGCGAGGAAAAGAUGGCAAUACGCUUGUGCAGCCAUCUAUUCGAUUCGUGCAUUUCUAUCACUCGUCAAAAACACUAGCAUACGUAUUGAUUGCCAUCAUCAACACCCGUAUGCACCCCUUGAUGCUGAGCCCAACAGUCCACAAACUCUGCCUAUCGAUGCAUUAAAGGUUGAUGAAAUCGUUAAGGAUAAGAACAUCGAUGCUCUUCAAGCAAUGGGUGGUGUUCGAAACAUUGCAAUUUAUUUGCAAUCGAAUGAAACGAGUGGGAUUUCGAGUAGUGAACAUGAUAUUAAGUGGAGAAAAGAGAAAUUUGGGUGUAAUACUUAUAAUAGGCCUCCUUCUAAGAGAUUCGUUUUCUUUGUUUGGAAUGCGUUUAAGGAUCUUACCCUUAUCAUACUUCUUGUAUGUGCAGCUAUUUCUCUAGUGUUUGGUGUUAAGUUACAUGGUAUUAAACAAGGGUGGUAUGAAGGAGGAAGUAUUUUUGUCGCGGUGUUUCUUGUUGUUGUUAUUACCGCUGUUAGUAACUUCAAACAAGACCGACAAUUUAAUAAGCUGUCGACCAUUAGCGACAAUAUUAUGAUCCGUGUUGUGAGGGAUAGUAGACCGCAACACGUUUCUAUUUUUGAUAUUGUCGUUGGGGAUGUUGUCGUGUUGAAGAUUGGGGAUCAGAUCCCGGCAGACGGACUGUUUAUUGAUGGGCAGUCGUUUCUGAUCGAUGAGUCGAGUAUGACAGGGGAAAGCGAUCAUAUUGAAGUCGAUUGUAUGAUCAACCCAUUUGUGUAUUCGGGCUGUAAAGUUGGUGAUGGGUAUGGUCGGAUGUUGGUGACGUCUGUUGGGAGGAAUACUUCUUGGGGGGCGAUGAUGAGCUCGAUUAGUCGAGAUGUAACCGAGCAAACUCCACUUCAAGUAAGGCUCGAUGGGUUGACAUCGGCCAUAGGGAAAGUCGGUUUGCUCGUUGCAUUUCUCGUUCUUGUAGUGUUGUUUGUAAGGUACUUCACAGGGAACACGAAUGAAGAGGACGGAAAUAAGGAUAUUAACACGAUACUUAGUUCUGUGGUUCGGAUAAUCUCUGCUGCAGUCACGAUUGUGGUUGUGGCAAUCCCUGAGGGAAUGCCGUUGGCUGUGACUCUCACACUUGCAUACUCGAUGAAACGAAUGAUGGCAGAUCAGGCGAUGGUGAGGAAACUCUCGGCUUGCGAGACAAUGGGGUCUGCCACGGUCAUUUGUACUGAUAAAACCGGGACUCUAACAUUGAAUCAAAUGCAAGUCACAAAGGCUUGGAUUGGUGAACAAGAAGGCUUUCGAGAAACCGUUCCAAUGGUUCAUGACUUGUUUCGACAAGGAGUUGCUUUGAACACGACUGGUGCGGUAUACAUACCCUACAAUGGAGGGGUGCCCGAGAUUUCAGGAAGUCCUACCGAGAAAGCAAUCCUUUCGUGGGCAAUCAAGGAACUCGGUAUGGAUAUGGAAAUGAUAAAGAAAAGUUGCUCGAUUCUUCAAGUCGAGAGCUUCAACUCGACCAAGAAACGAAGUGGGGUGAUGAUCAAGAGGGAAUUCGAGAGCACUAUCCAAGUGCAUUGGAAAGGAGCAGCCGAAAUCAUUCUAGCAAUGUGCUCAUACUAUUAUACUUCUGUUGGAAUAAAAUCCGACAUGGAUGAAGACACGAGAAGGAGACUCGGGCUAAUAAUCGAAGGCAUGGCAGCGAGCAGCCUACGAUGCAUUGCAUUUGCUCAUACAGAAAUGUCGGAAACAGAAUUGGGCUAUGCAGAGGAAAAUCCCAAGCCAAAGCUUAAAGAUAAAGACUUGACCCUGUUGGGGAUUAUAGGUCUAAAGGAUCCAUGUCGUCCAGAGGUUAAGCACGCAGUAGACGUGUGCAAACGAGCAGGCGUAAAACUCAAAAUGAUCACAGGCGACAAUAUUUUCACAGCACAAGCCAUAGCCGCGGAAUGUGGCAUACUUGGAUCACAACAAUCAGAAGGCGAAGUUGUCGAGGGAACAACUUUUCGUAACUACACACACGAAGAACGAAUGCAAAAAGUCGACACAAUACGUGUAAUGGCAAGAUCAUCUCCGAUUGAUAAACUCCUGAUGGUUCAAUGUUUGAAACAAAAGGGUGAAGUUGUCGCAGUCACAGGAGACGGAACCAAUGAUGCACCGGCCUUAAAAGAAGCAGAUAUCGGACUUUCGAUGGGCAUCCAAGGCACCGAGGUAGCAAAAGAGAGUUCCGACAUUAUAAUUCUCGAUGAUAAUAUCAGCACAGUCGCAAGCGUUCUAAGCUGGGGACGGUGCGUUUACAACAACAUACAAAAAUUCAUCCAAUUCCAACUAACAGUAAAUGUGGCAGCCCUAGCGAUCAACUUCGUAGCAGCAAUAUCAGCCGGGGAAGUGCCCUUAACCGCAGUGCAAUUACUGUGGGUGAAUCUCAUAAUGGACACACUCGGGGCACUUGCACUUGCGACUGAGCGCCCGACUAAUGGGCUUCUCGAUAAGUCCCCGGUUGGAAGAACAGAACCGCUUAUAACCAACAUAAUGUGGCGGAAUGUUCUGUCACAAGCCCUAUAUCAGAUUACCGUGCUGCUAGUUCUACAAUUUAAAGGUAAGUCGAUAUUUAACGUGCAUACGAAGCAAAAGAAUAUUCUUAUAUUCAACACUUUCGUUUUGUGUCAAGUUUUCAAUGAAUUCAACUCGAGAAGGAUGGAGAAGAAAAAUAUAUUCGAGCGUAUACACAAAACUCCUAUUUUUAUCGGGAUCAUUGCAAUAACAAUCAUAUUACAGAUAGUAAUGGUCGAGUUUUUGAAAGAUUUUGCUAAUACAGUAAGUUUGGAUUGGACACAAUGGGCUGCUUGUAUAGUCAUUGCAUUCAUUACAUGGCCUAUUGGUUUUGUAGUUAAAUUUAUACCUGUUUCUGAACAGCCCCUUUUCAGUUCUUUAGCAAUAUUAGUAGCUAAAGCUAGAAAGUUGAUUCGCGGGAAGAAAAGUCUUGUAUGAGACGUACGCACAAUAAUCAUCGAGGCUCGAGUAUAACACAACAGGAGCACAGCACAUAGACCUCAGAACAGAUUCAUCAACCUUAUUUUUCCACAUCUUGACUGGCUAGGAUAAGAUUGUACAAUCUUGAUUUCCUUAUACAAAUAGAACACAUUCAACAUUGGUAUAUGUUAUAUUUUCUUUAUAUGUAUGCUUGGUAGACUGUAAUAAACUAUAUGAAUCCUAUAUGAUAGGUAUUAUUUUUCUUGUGUUAUGUAUGGAUAUGUUUGG